AUGGGGUACAGUGGCAAGCCCAGGGCAGAGCUCGAGGAGGGCAAGACACCCAUUCUGCACGUCCCUAAGACCUCGAAAAUGCCUUGCUAUGACCGGCCCAGCGGUCAAACCCUGCCUACACCCCUACCGGCUGCCUCCAGGGCGGGGCGCGCCAUCCCCGGGGACCGGCCCGCGGCCACCACCCCCUCCGGCNUGCCGGGCUCCCGGCGGGGCAGCACGGGCCUGGCCAAGAAGUGUCCCUUCUCGCUGGAGCUGGCUGAGGGCGGCCCGGCGGGCGGCGCGCUCUACGCACCCAUCGCGCCUCCCAGCGCUGCGGGCCCUGCGCCCCUCGCGUCCCCCACCGCGCCCCCGACCGCCGCGGACCUUGCAGCGCGGCCGCCGGUGAGCCUCGACCCGCGCGUCUCCAUCUACAGCGCACGCCGCCCGCUUCUCGCGCGCACCCACAUCCAGGGUCGCUACAACUUCCUCGAGCGCCCCACCGGCUGGAAAUGCUUCGUCUACCACUUCGCUGUCUUCCUCAUCGUCCUCGUCUGCCUCAUCUUCAGCGUGCUGUCCACCAUCGAGCAGUAUGUCGCCCUGGCCACAGGGACCCUCUUCUGGAUGGAGAUUGUCCUGGUGGUGUUCUUCGGGACAGAGUACGUGGUCCGCCUCUGGUCGGCAGGCUGCCGCAGCAAGUACGUGGGCAUCUGGGGGAGGCUGCGCUUUGCCCGGAAGCCCAUCUCCAUCAUCGACCUCAUCGUGGUCCUGGCCUCCAUGGUUGUCCUCUGCGUGGGCUCCAAAGGGCAGGUGUUUGCCACCUCGGCCAUCAGGGGCAUCCGCUUCCUCCAGAUUCUGAGGAUGCUGCACGUGGACCGUCAGGGAGGUACCUGGAGACUGCUCGGCUCCGUGGUCUUCAUCCACCGCCAGGAACUCAUCACCACCUUGUACAUCGGCUUCCUGGGCCUCAUCUUCUCCUCGUACUUCGUGUACCUGGCCGAGAAGGACGCUGUGAACGAGUCGGGCCAAGUGGAGUUUGGCAGCUACGCGGACGCCCUGUGGUGGGGGGUGGUCACGGUCACCACCAUCGGCUACGGGGACAAGGUGCCGCAGACAUGGGUCGGGAAGACCAUCGCCUCCUGCUUCUCCGUGUUUGCCAUCUCCUUCUUCGCGCUCCCAGCGGGGAUCCUCGGCUCCGGCUUUGCCCUAAAGGUCCAGCAGAAGCAGAGACAGAAGCACUUCAACAGGCAGAUCCCGGCCGCAGCCUCGCUCAUUCAGACGGCGUGGAGGUGUUACGCGGCCGAGAACCCCGACUCCUCCACCUGGAAGAUCUACGUCCGCAAGCCCGCUCGGAGCCAUGCCCUGCUGUCCCCCAGCCCCAAACCCAAGAAGUCUGUCAUGGUAAAGAGAAAGAAAUUCAAACUGGACAAAGACAACGGGGUGAAUCCCGGAGAGAAGAUGCUCACGGUCCCCCACAUCACAUGCGAGCCCGUCUCAGAGGAGCGGAGGCCAGACCACUUCUCCGUGGACAACUGUGACAGCUCUGUGAAGAAGAGCCCCAUGCUGCUGGAGGUGAGCACAGCCCACUUCGUGAGAACCAACAGCUUUGCCGAGGACCUGGACCUGGAGGGGGAGACGCUGCUGGCGCCCAUCACCCACGUGUCACAGCUGCGGGAGCACCACCGGGCCACCAUCAAGGUCAUUCGGCGCAUGCAGUACUUCGUAGCCAAGAAGAAAUUCCAGCAAGCGCGGAAACCCUACGACGUGCGGGACGUCAUCGAGCAGUACUCCCAGGGCCACCUGAACCUCAUGGUGCGCAUCAAAGAGCUGCAGAGAAGGCUGGACCAGUCCAUCGGGAAACCCUCCCUCUUCAUCUCCGUCUCAGAGAAGAGCAAGGACCGCGGCAGCAACACCAUCGGGGCCCGUCUCAACCGGGUGGAAGACAAGGUGACGCAGCUGGACCAGAGGCUGGUGCUCAUCACGGACAUGCUUCACCGGCUUCUCUCCCUGCACCAGGGCGGCCCCCCCGGCGGCCACCCCCCCAGCGAGGCCGGGGCCCAGGGCCUUCAGCCCUGCAGCUCCAUCAGCCCCGAGCUCUUCCUGCCCAGCAACAGCCUGCCCACCUACGAGCAGCUGACUGUGCCCCGCAGGGGCCCCGACGAGGGGUCCUGAUGGGGGCGAGGGCAGGGCCGGAGGAGCCCUGUUCAGCCUGGCCCACCUCCCAUCCGGCAGGGGCACCUCACCCCCCAGGUCACUGGCACUCCUCGAAGGCCCAAGACAGCAGCCCCUCCCUCCCAGGCCCCAGACCCCCGUGGGCCACGCUGCCCUGAGAGCCUCCCCUUGAGAAGUGGCUAGGCCACCUCAUCUAGCCAGCGGGUACUAAAAUGUGGCUGGGUUUGGGGCCCCUCUCGGCUCUGAGACCGUGGCCCCCACAUCAUUUGUAUGGCACUUGGGACACAGUGGCGGGGCUCAGUCUAGACCCCUGGGAGCUGGGCAUCCAAGAAACAGCACAGGGGCAUGCCGGCCCACCCUGGUAGGCCGCAGGGGGCUUCCUGGGGGGAGACGGAGGGACAGUUGGGACAGGGUCUGCGGGUACCCCACCCUCGGACUCGAACCCAGGACCCAGGGAGGAGGUAGGCAGGGCAGGGCAGGCCCAGCCCAUGCCAAACCUAGGGUGCCCAUGAUCAAGGCCUAGGAGCCCCACUCAGAGGGCCCCAGGCCUGGGCCGUGAUUCCCACCCUGCAGAGACUCUGGCUCAGAGGGCCAGGGCUGUGAGGGAGGGGACCCUGAGGCCACGGCUUCCGGCAGGAGAGCCAGCCCACCGCGGUGCCCAGAGUGCUCCAUGGGGGCGGAAUGUCCCCCACCGUGGACUGGCCUCGUCUCCUGCCCCCGCCCUGCCCUGCGUGCGGCCCCCGCCUCAGCUCCCACCAGUCUGAGCGGCUAGAAAGACGUCCUGUCCCCCCACCGGCUUCUGAGCGUGGGCGGGCGUCAGGGUGUCACAAUCCCUGCACGAGACAGGGGCUCCUCCUGGGCGUCACACGUCACAGAAAUCAGAGUAAUUUGUGGUGAUUUGGAAUCUGUGUUUUAAUGAGUUUCACAGUGUGAUUUUGAUUCUUAAUUGUGGCGCUUUUCCUAAUAAACGUGGAAUCACGGAGUGGGCCUCGA